CUGAUGGCAGCGCCUCGGAUCGCCCAAGACCGCGGCGCCGGCUGCAGCUACGCGUUCGCCCUGGGCGCAUGCACCACCGGGCGGCUCGGGGAGCAGAUGGCUGCGCGGCUCGCGGCGGCCGCGGGCGCGCUUGAGCGGGCGCAAGAGGAGGAGUGUCGGCGCGUCGGCGGCGCAUGCCCUGAGUGA